AACGAGGAGGAGGAAGGGGGCGGCGGCUCCGGAGCUAGCGCGCCUGCCCGACCGGCGGCGAGAGCGACGGGGACGGAGGAGCUCGGGCGAGGAGGAGGAGGAGGCGGGUCUCCGGGCCGGGGCGGCCGGGCCCCAUGGGCGGGUGUGUGGGCUCCCACCACGACUCCUCGGGCAGCCUCAACGAGAACUCGGACGGCACCGGAGUUGCACUAGGUCGUAAUCAGCCCUUGAAAAAGGAAAAACCAAAAUGGAAAAGUGAUUAUCCGAUGACAGAUGGACAACUGCGCAGCAAAAGAGACGAAUUUUGGGACACCGCACCUGCUUUUGAAGGCCGCAAGGAAAUCUGGGAUGCCUUGAAGGCUGCAGCACAUGCAUUUGAGAACAAUGAUCAUGAACUUGCACAAGCAAUCAUUGAUGGUGCAAACAUAACAUUACCUCAUGGUGCUCUUACCGAGUGCUAUGAUGAACUGGGAAACCGAUACCAGCUUCCUGUCUACUGCCUGGCCCCGCCCAUCAACAUGAUAGAAGAGAAGGGUGAUUUAGAGACUCUGGAUAUUCCCGAUCCACCACCUAACUCCGGUCAUGAAUGUCAGCUUCGUUUACGCCUUUCAACAGGCAAAGACCUCAAACUUGUGGUCCGCAGUAUGGACACUGUCUAUCACAUGAAGAGAAGACUGCACACAGCAGAGGGUGUGGAGCCCAGCAGCCAGCGGUGGUUUUUUUCAGGCAGGCCCCUGGCAGACAAAAUGAAACUGGAGGAGUUGAAAAUACCAAGGGACUAUGUGGUGCAAGUCAUUGUGAGCCAGCCCUUAACAAACCCCACCCCGGUGGAGAACUGACUUUG